AUGACGUUCACAGUCACAAGUGUAGUAAAGCAGGGCAACAAUACCCAGUACGAGCCAGGCGUAGUAAAGCAGGGCAACAAUAUCCAGUACGAGCCAGGUGUAGUAAAGCAGGGCAACAAUACCCAGUACGAGCCAGGUGUAGUAAAGCAGGGCAACAAUACCCAGUACGAGCCAGGUGUAGUAAAGCAGGGCAACAAUAUCCAGUACGAGCCAGGUGUAGUAAAGCAGGGCAACAAUACCCAGUACGAGCCAGGUGUAGUAAAGCAGGGCAACAAUAUCCAGUACGAGCCAGGUGUAGUAAAGCAGGGCAACAAUACCCAGUACGAGCCAGGUGUAGUAAAGCAGGGCAACAAUACCCAGUACGAGCCAGGUGUAGUAAAGCAGGGCAACAAUAUCCAGUACGAGCCAGGUGUAGUAAAGCAGGGCAACAAUACCCAGUACGAGCCAGGUGUAGUAAAGCAGGGCAACAAUACCCAGUACGAGCCAGGUGUAGUAAAGCAGGGCAACAAUACCCAAUACGAGCCAGGUGUAGUAAAGCAGGACAACAAUACCCAGUGUGAGCCAGGUGUAGCAGGGCAACACAACAAUACCCAGUGUGAGCCAGGUGUAGCUAAGCAAGGCAACAAUACCCAGCCGGAGCCAGGUGUAGCUAAGCAAGGCAACAAUACCCAGCCGGAGCCAGGUGUAGCUAAGCAAGGCAACAAUACCCAGUGUGAGCCAGGUGUAGCUAAGCAAGGCAACAAUGCCCAGUUGUGA